GCCUCUAACAAGCCAACUUCGGAGCCGGAGCCUGGGACUGGGAGUCGCGGACGCCACAGCCUCCGGACCCCGGGAUCCCGGACCCCUUGGGACCGGCCGGAGGCGAAGGACUGAGACCCCACUGAGGCGGUGGGCCUUACCGCCGGGCUCCCUCGGCCACCGCCUCCCGGAACAGAAGAUGCACUCCAGGAGCUGCCUGCCACCUCUCUUGUUAUUGCUCCUGCUGCUGGGGGAGUCUGGAGUACAGGGCUGCCCAUCAGGCUGUCAGUGCAACCAGCCACAGACAGUGUUCUGUACUGCCCGCCAGGGAACCACAGUGCCCCGAGACGUGCCACCUGACACAGUGGGACUAUACAUCUUUGAGAACGGUAUCACCACACUUGAUGUGGGCAGUUUUGCUGGCCUACCAGGCCUGCAGCUCCUGGACUUGUCACAGAACCAGAUCACUAGCCUGCCUGGUGGCAUCUUUCAGCCACUGGUUAACCUCAGUAACCUGGACCUGACUGCCAACAAACUGCAUGAGAUCUCCAAUGAGACUUUCCGAGGCCUGCGACGCCUUGAACGCCUCUACCUGGGCAAGAACCGUAUUCGCCACAUACAGCCUGGUGCCUUUGAUGCACUUGACCACCUCCUGGAGCUCAAGUUGGAGGACAAUGAGCUUCGGUUGCUGCCCCCCUUGCACUUGCCCCGCCUACUGCUGCUUGACCUCAGCUACAACAAUAUCCCAGCCCUGGAAUCUGGAGUACUACACACUGCCAAUGUGGAGGCAUUGAGGUUGGCUGGCCUGGGGCUGCGGCAGCUGGAUGAGGGGCUUUUUGGCCGCUUGCGAAACCUCCAUGACCUGGAUGUUUCUGACAACCAGUUGGAGCACAUGCCAUCUGUGAUCCAAGGCCUUCGUGGCCUCACACGCCUGCGGCUGGCUGGUAACACCCGCAUUGCCCAUAUACGGCCUGAGGACCUGGCUGGUCUGACUGCCCUGCAAGAAUUGGAUGUGAGCAACCUGAGCCUGCAGGCCCUGCCCAGUGACCUCUCAAAUCUCUUUCCCCGCCUGCGACUCCUAGCAGCUGCCCGAAACCCCUUCAACUGCUUGUGCCCCUUGAGCUGGUUUGGGCCUUGGGUGCGUGAGAGCCAUGUUGUACUGGCCAGCCCUGAGGAGACACGCUGUCACUUCCCACCUAAGAAUGCUGGCCGACUGCUCCUGGAUCUGGAUUAUGCAGAUUUUGGCUGCCCAGUCACUACUACCACAGCCACAGUACCUACCAUAAGGCCUACUAUCAGGGAGUCCACACUUUCACCUUCUAACCGAGCUUCCACAUGGCCCAGCCUCACAGAGCCAACUACCCAGGCCUCCACCUCACCAUCCACUGCCCCACCAACCAUGAGGCCUGUUCCUCAGCCCCAGGACUGCCCAGCGUCCACCUGCCUGAAUGGUGGUACCUGCCGUGUAGGAGCAAGACACCACCGGGAGUGCCUGUGUCCUGAGGGCUUCAUUGGUCUGUACUGUGAGAGUCCUGUGAGGCAAGGGAUGAAGCCCAGCUCCAUACCAGAUACUCCAAGGCCCCCUCGGCCCCUGCCUCUCAGCAUUGAGCCAGUGAGCCCCACCUCCCUGCGUGUGGGGCUGCAGCGUUAUUUGCAGGGCAACACGGUACAGCUCCGCAGCCUCCGCCUCACCUACCGCAACUUGUCUGGCCCUGACAAGCGGCUGGUGACCUUACGGCUGCCUGCUUCACUUGCAGAGUACACAGUCACCCAGCUGCGACCCAAUGCCACCUAUUCUAUCUGUGUCACACCCUUGGGAGCUGGGCGGAUACCUGAAGGUGAGGAGGCCUGUGGGGAGGCCAGCACUCCCCAGGCUGUCCGCUCCAAUCACGCCCCCGUUACCCAGGCUCGUGAGGGCAAUCUGCCACUCCUUAUCGCACCUGCCCUGGCUGCUGUCCUUCUAGCUGUGUUAGCUGCUGCAGGAGCAGCCUACUGUGUGCGGCGGGGUCGGACAACAGUUACAGCUCAGGACAAAGGGCAGGUGGGACCAGGAACUGGGCCCCUGGAACUAGAGGGGGUGAAAGCACCCUUGGAGCCAAGCUCUAAGGCAACAGAGGGAGUUGGGGAGGCCCUGUCAGGUGGUCCUGAAUGUGAGGUGCCCCUUAUGGGCUACUCAGGGCCCAGCCUUCAGGGGCCUCUCCCUGCUAAGCACUACAUCUAAGCCAGGAGAGAUACAGCAGCCAGGGGGCCAGGCUUUCGGUCGCCACCCUCCUGCUGCCACACAAGCAAGUUCUCAUUAUGCACCCCAGGGCACAUACAUGCAUGGUGGUGCUGUGGGACACUAGCCAGUCCCUGAUCCUCUCUGGGCUGGAUCUCAUUUGUGAGCUGCUACAGCCCAGAUGAACUAUUAUAGCCAUCAGUAUGUCCAAUACAGGCGCCCACUGUCUUCUGCAGUGUGCAAUCCUGGGGUGUGAGCCCUGCCAUGUGCUGGUAACAUGGAUAGGCAAGUUGGGCUUCCCAAGCCACCGAGUCUGGUGACCAGUAAAGGAAGGCCCCAGAAGUAGUGGGUGGGGAAGACACUAUGGCUGUGGCCUUGGCCCCAAAAGUGCAGGAACACUUGAAACUGGAAAGGAAGGUGCUUUGGGCACAUGUGGAUUUGCUUCUAUUGUUUUGUUUUUUAAAAAUGUAUUUAUAAAAGAUGUUUUCCCGUUUAUGCUGGGAAAGUGUUUUUCAAACUCAGUGACAAGGACUUUGGUUUUUGUAAGACUAUUGAUGAUAUGAAGGCCUUUUGUAAGAAAAUAAAAAAUAAAAUGAAAUUGACUGUC